GAAUUAAAUAAUAUUAUCAAUGCAAAAGAAAAUGAUGUCAAAAGAUUAUUAAUCACAAAAUUAGACGAAAACACAGAAGUAAAUAUAAUAACAACAACAAUGGAAAACAAUAAUAAUAUUAUUAAUAAUGCCAUAAAAUUUAAUAUUGAUAUUAGUUAUAAUAAUGAUGUUAAUAAUAAUAUUGAUAAUGAAUUUAUUAUACUUUUAAAACACAAUCAUCAAUGUAACAAUCUUUUAUCAAAUAUAAGUAAUAAUAACUUACCAGAAUAUAAAGAUAUUCAAUUAAUAAUUCAAGAAAAUAAUCUCGACUCAAUCAAAGAUCUAACAAACAGUUAUUUAGAAGUAAAGGAUAUAAAUAUAGAUACUAAAUUAAUAUUUCAAGAAAAUAAUCCCGACUCAAUCAAAGAUCUAACAGACAGUUGUUUAGAAGUAGUUGAUGAUAUUCCUUUAGAUUUAAAAACACUAAAAUUUUAUAAAUUUGAAUUUACAAUUUACGAAGAAGGGUAUUAUAUUGGUCAUUUAAAAAUUAGAAGUCUUGCUAUUGGACCUAUCGAAUGUUUACCCAAAACUAUUCCAGCAACAGUUACAAAUUUAUAUUUACAAGAUGGCUUUAAUCAACCACUUAAUUUUAUACCACCCACCGUACAAUGCUUGUGUUUAGAAAACAUCAAGUAUCAAUUAACACUUGAUUCAAUUCCAGCAACAGUUAAACAUUUAUAUUUAUUUGAUGGCUUUAAUCAACCACUUAAUUUUAUACCACCCACCGUAGAAUGCUUGUAUUUAUAUAACAUCAAGUAUCAAUUAACACAAGAUUCAAUUCCAGCAACAGUUACACAUUUAUUUUUACAAGAUGGCUUUAAUCAACCACUUAAUUUUAUACCACCCACCGUACAAAGGUUGUAUUUAGAUAACAUCAAGUAUCAAUUAACACCUGAUUCAAUUCCAGCAACAGUUACAGAUUUAUUAUUACUUAAUGACUUUAAUCAAUCACUUGAUUUUAUACCACCCACCGUACAAUGCUUGUGUUUAGAAAACAUCAAGUAUCAAUUAACACAAGAUUCAAUUCCAGCAACAGUUACACAUUUAUAUUUACUUAAUGGCUUUAAUCAACCACUUAAUUUUAUACUACCCACAGUAAAAUUCUUGUAUUUACAUGACAUCAAGUAUCAAUUAACACCUGAUUCAAUUCCAGCAACAGUUAUACAUUUAUAUUUACUUGAUGAUUUUAAUCAACCACUUAAUUUUAUACCACCCACCGUACAAUUCUUGUAUUUACAAAACAUCAAGUAUCAAAUAACACCUGAUUCAAUUCCAGCAACAGCAAAAGUUACAGAUUUAUAUUUACUUGAUGAUUUUAAUCAACCAUUUAAUUUUAUACCACCCACCGUACAAUUCUUGUGUUUAGAUAACAUCAAGUAUCAAUUAACACCUGAUUCAAUUCCAGCAACAGUUAUACAUUUAUUUUUACAAGAUGGCUUUAAUCAACCACUUAAUUUUAUACCACCCACCGUACAAUAUUUGUAUUUAGAUAACAUCAAGUAUCAAUUAACACCUGAUUCAAUUCCAGCAGCAAUUACACAUUUAUAUUUACUUAAUGGCUUUAAUCAAUCACUUAAUAUUAUACCACCCACCGUACAAACGUUGUAUUUAGGUAACAUCAAGUAUCAAUUAAUACCUGGUUCUAUUCCAAAUCAUUUAGCUACUCUUAUAUUUGAUUAUGGUUUUCUCAACGUUUUACACAAGGUAUUAUCCCUGGCUCUAUAA